CUAUUGGUUGCUCGCUAGUGGCUUUCCUCUUCUACUGAUAAGAAGAAAGAAAACAAUGAAGAUCUUCAACUGGGUGCAGAGGAAACUGCACCAAAAUGUCAUCAAAGCUACAGAUGGCGUGGUGAAAACCGUCAAGAAGAAUGAGCCGAGUGAGAUUGACAAGAACACAAAAGCUAUACUCGACCAGGUCGGCUUGGUCGAAGUUCUUGAGAAUUGGGUCGAUGGAGUUCUCACCAUCGGCACAUUCGGCUUCGACACCCUGAAAUACUCCGACGACAAAGAAAAAUACGAUUCCUCAGAAAAUGAAGAAGGAGAAGACGUCGGAGAUGAUGAUGAUGAUGAUGACGGAAGCAUGGAUCUUGAUGACGAUGAGUUCACCAAGAACUCUGUGAUCGUCUACAAAGAUGAAGAGUUAGAUCCAUUGAUUUCCACCACGGACGGAUCGCACGACAAUGGGGAUGACCUAGGGUUCGGGAUCGUGGGCUCUGAAUUGAUGAGAGCCGUCGAUUGCGUUGACUUUACUCCCGGCGCAGAUGUUGACUUCCGUGGAAGGAAGAGGAGAACGACCUUGGCCGAGCUGUUCAUGGAGGACGGAGACACGCAUUUCAAGAAAUGCUUGAACCCUCUUGAGAUUGAAUCGAGUUACGGCAAAUAUAAGCUCGAUGGUUCGAAACUAAGUCGCCUCUCGUUCGCCAAGAAGAUCGCGUCACGGGCCAAAGAUCACGACUCGCGUCCCAUCAAGAAACUGCACCAGAUGAUGAAGAGGAUGUUGAAGAGGAAGAUCCAUCCGGACGUUGACGUGGGAAAGACUUGUAAAUCGGACGGACUGAACAAACCAAUCAAGAAAAUUGAAGCUGCUGAAUCAAUCCAUCUUCUUAAUAUUCCAGGUCCUGUGGUUUAAGGUCUCGUUGCUAUAUGUUCGUGAUUUUUCUUCUCCUUAGUUUAUAUAUAUGUAUGUUGCCUUUUGAUUUAAUUUGAUAGAGUAUAUAUAUGCUCGAUUUCAUUAAGAUUUGUGUAUUGUGGUUUUGAUGUAUGUACUCUACAAGGUGUGCUCCCCCCUCAUGUUUAAACCCUAAACCCUAAGUUGUUAUUGUUUCUUGGUUUUAUAUAUGCUUAUAUUUCUAUU